GCAGUCACCUUGACCGAAAACGGUGCCAUAGUAAGGCAUAUAUUUGUGUGCCGGUAUGGAAGACUGCAUACGUACGUUUUUAUUGCAGUUAUCAUGACGGGCUCUCCAAUUCGUGCACCGCUUUCGAACCUGAUAUUUUCGACACCUGCGGAGAAAGAUCAACUAAUGGUAGGUGGCGCUCCGCAUAGCACCAGUCCACUUCUGCCUGCCACCACUGGGGGGUCGCCGUCAUACCCACGUUAUUCUGAGGGCUCCCUCUGUGAAGAUGCAGCGCCCCCACCAUCUCCACAGCCUCCGAUGAAGAAGCGCUGCAUGGAACCGCAACAGCCGUUGUCGGAUGACGCACCAAACAUGGCUGAGGCAGAAGACUUUGCUCGGCAAUCUCGUGAAUUCAGCAGCGAUUCUCCCCAUACAACUGCUAGUCUUUCACCGAAAAAGGUUCGCGAGUUGUUAUACUUUUGCUUCGAACACAUCGCUGAUCAACCAUCCCAAGUUCCACUUCGAAAUGGAAGUGAAGAGCCGCCCUCAGGAAAGCAGGAGGAUUUCGAAUCCCCGAAGGACUUGUCGCAGCACCAACAACUUCCAAUUUGGGGAAGCAUUCUACCCGAUGCUGCUUAUUCCCGUUUCCCCGUGUUUCCAAAGCACUUUCCUCCCAUAUUCCCGCCAGGUUGCUCAACAACCCUGCCAAACGUCUCAGCUGCCGCUGUAACCACCAAUGGAGGGGAUCCAGUACCCCUCGGAGCCAGCGCAUUGGCAGCGGCCGCCGCAAUGGCGAUGAGUCCCCUCUUCCAACAGUCACCGACAGGUCCUCUUGUGCCCGGGAACGCAGACAGCCCCUGGAACCCCGUUUUAGCUGCAGCGGCUGCUGCAGCCUUCGCAUCUGGUAGAUUUCCACCAUCAGGUAUAUCUCAACGACACCAUGAAGAUAUCGACGGUCAGGAGGAGAAGGAUGUGGACUCGUCCUCAAGGUCAGGAAGCCCCUUGCCUCUCUCUGGUGCCGCGUCUUCGAUUGAGGGCAUCGAGGCAAUUCCUGAUACAAACCAGGGAGGACAUCACUGGACUUUUCAGGAACAGUUUAAACAGCUCUAUGAACUGUCGCCCGACCCUAAGCGGAAGGAAUUUCUGGACGACCUUUUCAACUUCAUGCAAAAAAGAGGUUCCCCAGUGAACCGUAUUCCAAUAAUGGCCAAACAAGUUCUUGAUUUGUAUGAACUUUACCGACUGGUAGUCACCAGAGGAGGUCUCGUUGAGGUGAUCAACAAAAAACUCUGGAGGGAGAUCACCAAGGGCCUUCAUUUGCCUUCUUCGAUUACCAGUGCUGCGUUUACUUUGAGAACACAGUACAUGAAAUACCUCUAUCCUUACGAGUGUGAAAAGCUGGGUCUCAGCACGCCGAGUGAAUUGCAAGCGGCGAUUGAUGGCAACCGACGCGAGGCUCGCCGAUCCUCUUACAGUUUUGAGUACCCGGUAAUGAUGGGUCCGGGUCCGAGUUCCAGCGUCUCUGCCAGCACAGGAAGCCAACAACUUCCUAGUGCUUCUCUUGCAGGUGGCUUUUCUCAUCACCCUCCGCCUCCUCAUCCUCCCCUUCCACCUCACCACCCCCUCCUUCCCCCACCUCCCAGUGGUGGGGCACCACUGCUCCCGCCAGGGUUACUCGUGCCUCCCGGAUUCCCUCAGCACCAACCAGCCUCAUCCAGCAGCUCUAGGAACGGGAGCAUUCUCCCCGAUUCCGCUUUCUUUGGCUUCCCGAGCAUGAUGACACCAGCCGCUGCCCCUUCUUUACCUGCACUAUCACCCUCGGCGCCAUUCGAAGCAAAGCCCUACAUCGAUGGCGACCAGUCACCGAAUGCUUAUCGCCAGUUCUUGGGUGCUGCAAGCCACAAGUUUGCAUCCACAGAAAGGAAGGAAUCGAUCAAUGGGUGCGCGGAGGACCGGAGGCAGUUGAAGUCGACGGGCUGUCGGGAGAACCACGAGGAACACGCGCACAAAGUGAACGGUCAAAUGGCUGGGGAGCACCAGCACUCCACAAUGCAAGUUGCCUCAAACCUGAGGAUCAGCACACAGGCAGGCAGCCAACUCGGCCUGCCGGAUAACACGCUGGUGGUUUGCAUGGAGGUCACGGGAGUGGUCUAUCAGGGCGUCCUCUUCGGCCAAGUCAAGCCGCCCUCGUAG